AAAAAUAGAAGCAGCAGCAUGCAAUUCCCCACACCCUCAAACAGAUCAUGAAGCUGGUGCUCUCCCUGCAGAUCCCCAAUCACCAGAUGAUGGGCUUAUGAGUGAGCCAGCAGCAGCAACUGUUACCAACAUCAUCACCACCACUGCGAAAGAGCUAAAGAAGCCAGGCUCCAAACUCCCACAAAUCUGAGAACCAAGCUCAGCUGCCAACUUCACCCAAGCUAGCCGAUCCACCAUGGACAUGUCGCCGAACCCCGACAGCCCCUCGUCAGGAGGGGGCAACGGCAUCGGGCCGAGCAGCGGUGGCGCGUCGCCGUCCGUUGGCUCCAUGACGGCGCCGCAGUCGCCGAGCCGGUACGAGGCGCAGAAGCGGCGCGACUGGAACACGUUCGGGCAGUACCUGCGGAACCACCGGCCGCCACUGAGCCUGGCGCAGUGCAGCGGGGCUCACGUCCUCGAGUUCCUCCGCUACCUGGACCAGUUCGGCAAGACUAAGGUGCACGGCCCGGCGUGCCCCUUCUUCGGCCACCCGAACCCGCCGGCGCCGUGCCCCUGCCCGCUCCGCCAGGCCUGGGGCAGCCUCGACGCCCUCGUGGGCCGCCUCCGCGCCGCCUUCGAGGAGAACGGAGGCCGCCCGGAGUCCAACCCCUUCGCCGCGCGCGCCGUGCGCCUCUACCUCCGCGAGGUCCGCGAGCACCAGGCCCGCGCCCGGGGCGUCAGCUACGAGAAGAAGAAGCGCAAGAAGCCGCAGCAGCUGCCGGGCGACAGCAGCGGCGGCCUUCACGGCCACACGCACCAGCCGCCGCCACCACCGCCCGCCGGCGCCGCCUGCUGAGCUGAUCGAUCGUCGAUGGCUCGUACGUACGUACGCUCUCCCAUUUGGCCGGUAUGAUGCCAGAUUGAGCUUGAGCUUAUAUAUUUUAUGUAUCAUUUCGCGCGCGUAUGCAUGCAUAUGCAUGGCAGUAGCUUAGCGCCAUGCUGCUGAUCAUGAUCCGUGUACUCUACCGUGAGAAGCACCACUAGUGUGUGUGUGCUGCACUACGUACUGCUAGCUGCUGCAUGCGUGUACUGCAUUGCUUGUGUGUGUUUAGCUUUGGUGUUGUCGUCGAAUCUAUUUGCUUGUAGGAGUGAGCAAGUGUUUGCUGUACUUUCAACUGAGGAGUAUGUCGAUCGAUGUCCGUCCUUUGAGGUCUAGCUAGGGACAGGGAGAUACAUAUAUGGUGAUCUCUCUUGCUGUUUCUGUUUGUGGAAAACUCAAAAGCCUGUGUGUGUGUCCAUCUCUACGCAUGCAUGUGUCAAUUCGAUUCUGGCAAGAGCAUCUGCAUCUCUUGUGUUUUCUUGUUUUGCUUCCUGUUUCGUUUCCUUUUUAUGGUACAGAUGCACUGAUAUAUAUGCAGUGCUAUUGGUGGGAGAGAUGGAUGCCAAUGGUGCAUGUCCAGCUGUGCCUGCACGGCGAUAGGGGCGAUCGAGAGCGCCGUUGCACAGUGCGCACGCACCAAAUAAUAGGGGGGGAUCGGACACAAGCAUGUACUCGUACUAUUCACUAUUGACAUCAGUCUUGGAUGUGCAUUCUUGCGAGUACAGGAUGCAUGUGUCAAUUUCUGUCCUUUGUUUUACGAUCGAUCUUUUCGCAUGGCUUUCUGAAUAGUCUCGUCCCAUCGUGGGGCUAUAGCUCUGCUAUGUUCUUGUGGCACAUGAA